AUCGUUGCACAAACCGCUAUUAUACAUACCAUGCGGAACGAUUUAAUUGUCGCUCGUGUCGCUCGAACUCAUCCGACAGCAAAAUGAUCCAGAAAGAUCAACCCUGAUCAACCCGAGCUGCUGCUGCUGCUGCUGACACUGCAGGAGCACUGCCCAUGAGUAGGGGACGUGCAUGUCAUGUUUGUUUGAUAGGUUAAAUAUCCAAGACCUUCUCUACCGUCCAGCUUCCAAAGUCCAUCCAUCACCUUCGACCAUUAACAGCCAUCUUAACCAAUCCCGCCAGCACGAUGUAUUCCGUAUCUCUGAUCACAAUUUCGAUCCUUGCCUUGCUUGGGCAACUCGUCUCAGCCGAGCCUGCAGACUCCACUCCCCGCGAAACCAAGAAGUGCUUCUACUACACCGGUGCUAAUACCAAUACCGCCACUUGUAACGACAUCCCAGGUGUCAGUUGUACCGGGGGGUGUGGCGGCACUUUCAACUUCGCUGAAGAAUGCCGACCAUCCGAUGGCUCAGACCCACAACACAUAGCUCCGCCCACCAACCAAACUUGUGAUCUUGGGUUCGGUCGGGACACGGCCGCCGCCAAAGCGUGCGUGACUACGACUGGAAUGUACUCGUGCAGGGGCAAAAUCACGCCCGGAGAAACGUAUUGCUAUGGUUGCAACAUUCCCAAAAACAUGUGAAUAAAUAGUUUAAAUUCCAGACUUGCAACCCUAAGACCGGUGGUAUUGGGACCAUAGUGAUUCUCGCUAGCAAUUGCCCGCGGAUAUAAAGUUCCACAUCGGAUUGUUUUCAAUUUUUUAACCAUGAGCUUUCUUUAAUGCUACUCUACUUGAAAUUGGAAGUGUCUUUGACCUUGUACUUUUCUUUUUAUUGCACUCGAUUCUGGAUGUUGUUGACUGGAAAUUGUUGUUCCAAUUAACUUAUGGGAAGAACACAUUCGGAUUGUCAGUGGAGACUGGAGCUAGCCUUUCCCUUCAGAUUUUGUUUUGCGGAAGCUGUUUUGCGGAAGCAAGUUUGUAUCGUGUUGAGUUUCCAAUACUCUUCCAGGAAAUUAAAAAACACCCCUGAUCAAUAAUGUUGUCUCCUGGAUAUCCUCUCAUCGUAAUCUCUACCAGUCUUUUUGGCUUUCCC